UCCUGGGCCUGGAGUUGAGGAGGGAAGCACCGCCUCUCCUUGGGCCCCUUCUCUCCCCCUUACCCCUCCCCGCCGGUCCUGGCGCAGCCACAUGCUGCGCAAUCACCGAUUCCCCAUCACCAAUUCGGCUGGCGUCCCCGAGGCCGCGGGCUCCCGUAGGUUCCCAGUGGCCCCGAGUUAUAGUCGGGACUCCUCGGUCGCGGGUGAUUGUCGGGUCUCCACGGGCCCGGGUCGCUGGGGCGGAUCAGGCCUCGGCGCCUUCUCAGGGCGCUCGACAAGGCUGCAGGCAAGAUGAACAUUCUGGCGCCGGUGCGGAGGGACCGCGUCCUAGCGGAGCUGCCCCAGUACCUGAGGAAGGAGGCCGCUUUGCACGUGCACAAAGACUUCCACCCCCGGGUCACCUGCGCCUGCCAGGAGCACCGGACAGGCACCGUGGGAUUUAAGAUCUCUAAGGUCAUUGUGGUGGGAGACCUGUCAGUGGGGAAGACUUGUCUCAUUAAUAGGUUCUGCAAAGACACCUUUGAUAAGAAUUACAAGGCCACAAUUGGUGUGGACUUUGAGAUGGAACGAUUUGAAGUGUUGGGCAUCCCCUUCAGUCUACAACUCUGGGAUACCGCUGGACAGGAAAGAUUCAAAUGCAUUGCAUCAACCUACUACCGAGGAGCUCAAGCCAUCAUCAUUGUCUUCAACCUGAAUGAUGUCGCCUCUCUGGAACAUACCAAGCAGUGGCUAGCUGAUGCGCUCAAGGAGAACGACCCUUCCAGUGUGCUUCUCUUCCUUGUGGGUUCCAAGAAAGACCUGAGUACUCCUGCUCAGUAUGUGCUAAUGGAGAGAGAUGCAAUCAAGGUGGCCCAAGAGAUGAAGGCUGAGUACUGGGCAGUGUCAUCUCUCACUGGUGAAAAUGUCCGAGAAUUCUUUUUCCGUGUGGCAGCACUGACCUUUGAGGCCAAUGUGCUAGCUGAGCUGGAGAAAUCGGGGGCCCGGCGCAUUGGGGAUGUUGUUCGCAUCAACAGCGAUGACAACAACCUCUACCUAACUGCCAGCAAGAAGAAGCCCACAUGUUGCUUAUGAGGGAUGAGGGAUUGCCCAGCCCUGGGGCACAGUGCUACCUUGACUCCCCCAGAACUCUACCCCUGGAUGUCUGCACUGACUGUUAUUUCAGACCAAAGAGCUGUACCCCCAGAGGGGUAGUUGGGACCAUGCUUGUCACUUCCUCUCCCUAGGCACCAUACCAAAGACUGCAUGCCCCCUUCCUCCAGGGGCUUUCCAGGUUGCCCAGUGGUGGGGAGGUGGUCUCUGCUGCUAUUGCUCAGCCUGCUGGGCCCUUUGGGUAUGAGGAUGCUUAGUGAUCCAGCUUCACACUGUGCCUUAUGCAUUAAAAUCUCUGUUAUUAGCAGUU